AAGCUAUAUAUAUAGUAAGAAAAGAAAAGAAAAGAAAAGAAAAGAAAAGAGAAAGCUAUAGCUGGAACAUUUGGAAUAUAUUGCACGCUGUUCGCCGGUGAAAUCUGUUACUACAGAACAUCCUGGUAACAGUAUCAUUUGAUAGCACAAUAUAAGGUGUUUUGCUGGCUGGCUGCUCACUGGCCAUAAUGUGGGGACCACAUUCUAAACUUAUCUUCAAAAGGUUGUGGAAAACCAUCCAAAAAGAAGUGUUGUUUUGAUCUAAACAAGUCCAGAUCAACAUUGUUUCAACCAUUCCACUUUCUAUACACAUACAUGAUGAAAUUAACCAGUAAAAAUAAUAUGUUGGGAGAGGGUGAGCGAAAUUCAAUCCUACUAUAGUGUGGGAGAUGUAUUAAUAAGCUAGAAGAGAGCGAGAGAACUCAAUGCUACUACAAUAUGGGGAUUUUUCCCCACUCAAAAAAAGAGAAAUAGAGAGGUGUUUCACCAUCAUAAAGAGUCCGAUUCAUGAAGGAAAAGUAGUCGAGAUUUAUCAUAACAAUACCCAACACGGAACUGAAGAUAAACACUUCAAGUCACUUGGGUAUACACAUGUGCAGAGUGACUAAGCAGAAGACCAAACACCUGGUACAUACCACAGAUAGCGACAACACCAACUCAUACUAUAUUGAACCUUUAUCACUUUAUAGAUGGAUGACGCAAUUCCUUAAGAGCAACUCGCAUGCCCGUUAGAGGUCUCAAGGGGAGCGUGUAGAUGUAACCAUAUUUGUCAUUUAAUUUUAGAAAUAGAAAGGGAAUAGACAUAUCUCUACGCAAUAAAUAGUUCUCACCUACGAAGCGAGGGGAUCCUCACCCUUAUUCUAGCAAAUAGUCCAUUCCCCAUAUACAUUUUAUUUAAACCUUCUCCUUGCUACUAUUGAGGAAUCCCAAGCAAGUUCUAGUAUUUUCCUCUUCCUUUCUUGGUCUUUGAGGGGAUAAAAUUCAAGAGAAGAUCUCUAGGUUCGUCAAACAUAUUCUUGAAUCUUCGCUUGUGUUUCUACGAUAUCCUCGACAACAUCUCCAUCUACAUGCACGCAGAUCUAGUUGGAAUAACCAGAAGAAACACUAGAGGGAAAUAAUUUCUCAAAAGGAAGAUCAUGCCAAAAGGGAAAUCUUUUCAUAUGUCAUUCAUUUGCCUGCACCUCUUCCCCCUUUGAAAGUAACAGUUUAUCUUAGUUUACCAAGCAGAAGGGCAAUGAAUUCAUGUUAAAAAUCAGUUGAAUUCUGAUCAUCAGGAGAUUCUGAACCUAUGCUUCCCAAGAUUCAUGGAAAGCGUUCGGACCGCCCAAGGGGAAGGAAUCAUACACCUUGGGCACCACUUCAGGGGCUUCUGAACUCUGUAAGGAAUAUAAGAAAAUAUGUGAAUGAUCGGAGUGUUGGCUCAAAGAUGAUGAAAUCAACUGAAAGAGACAGCAUGUCAAGCAGUGCAUCUGAAACGGCACCUAAAUUAAAGGACAACAAUGGUGAAGAUACUAAAUACAAACUUCUAGAAAUAAAAACAGAGAUCACUGAACGCAUAGACCCAAAAACACGCGGUAAACGUUCGGCGCGCCACAGGGUAAAAGAGCCUGCAUUGUGGACAUCACAGGAUGAGCUCCAGAAAUUUGAAACUGGGAAGAACAGGAAUGGUAAUGAACAGGCUGUUUAUUCAAGGAAGAGGAAGAAGACAGCUUCCAAGGGAGAGGCGAAAACCGGCACCGGUAACGAUGUUACUGAGAAGACUGGUGUCCGAGUGAUUGAUACCUCAGCUGAGGUGAAGAACAGCACUAGUGAAAAUACAAACCAGAAGGACGGUGUGCCAACUCUCAAUACUCCAAUGGACAAGAAACUUUCAGGUGCAGAUGCAUUUAAGCAGGAGGAUGCCUUGAUAGCUGAUGAUGCUGGAGCUGGCCUCAAGGACAGCAAUGGUGCAGCUGCCAGUGCUCUUGAUCAGCAUGCCACUGGUGCCACCAAUCCUAUGGAGAACAAAGCAGACAAUGGUGUUUCAGGUGCAGAAGCAGCCCUAGCAUCGAUAUACGGAGAGCCGUCCGAAUGGGACAUGUGUAUCACAUUUGCUGUCAAGCUGCUGAUGGAUGAGAUGCCACUUCCUGAGGAUGCCGCAGAAGUUGAAGAGUUCUUCAGACAAAGCAUCACAAAUAUUGCAGGAUCUUCUGUCCCCUAGGAAAGCUGCAAGAAAUUACAGGAUGAAGUGGAGAUGCAACUCAUAUCUGCUUAAUUAGCUGGGAGAAAUUACUUCUAAAACAAAUUAGCUGGGAAAACUUAAUAAGAUGCACUUGGCAUCUGUAGUAGAUUUGAAAGGAGAUAAUUUGCCUGUGAUGUUUGUUAAUUUGUGUGAUGGAUUGAUGCGGUACCUUGUGGGAGAACAGAUUGUCCCUUUGUGGUAAAUGUCUUGAGUAUGUUUAUUGCGGUGAACUUUCCUGUUUUCUUAA